AUGCCUGUACACGGCACAACCCACCAAAGCCGCCCGCUUCUGUCUCUCUCUCCCUUCAGUCGCAACCAGCGCGCCCGCGUGUGGAUGUGUGAGACACUCAUGACGGGCUUCUCGUUUGCCACCAGCCUCCACUUGCGGUUGAAUCAUUCCAUGCCCGCCGCGCGCGGCGGCACCCUUCCAAGUUUCUCGGUUGCUUGUGUUCGAAGCAAAACCGUUCCAGCCUCUCCCGGCCGCCGCCGCCGCCGCCGCCGGCGUGCCGCAUCGCCAACCACCACGCGGACGCAGAAAAAAAAAAACCGCACCAGCCACACCGACACCGCCCGGGAUGGGAACCCCUGCUUGCCGGGCCGUCCUCGGGGGGGGGGAGGGGGCGCAAGGCUAUGCGGUCCCGUGGCCUGUGAUGAAGGCGGCAUGGGCAGCACUUGGCGCUUCAAAAAACCCCCGUUUCUUGUGCCUUCGCAAGUACCAAUCGAAUGA